ACGCGUUACCAAUUGAUUUUUUUUCCAUUUCACUUGUUAAAUCAUCCAAAAAUCAACAUUACAACCGGCCAGUCAUACAUUUUACCGGAACACAUAUUGGCUACAAAUAAACGCGUACUAUUUAUAAAUAAGUAUUAAAUUAUAACCUGUUCAGUGCCGACCCAGUGAUUUAAUUCCCUUCAAAAUCAUAAUUCUACUGACAUCAGUUAAUUUGCCCAAUGUUUUUUUUAUGCCGAGUGCUGGUUGAACACGUCAUACCGUAAUAGCAACAACAUCUUCACAUCUUACAUAUAAUACUAACCAUGUUGAGAAGAAUCUAUAGCAACUGAGAGAGACGCGAAUGAUACAAUAACACAAGCUGGUGACAAUAGACAAAACCAAAAUGGCGUCGUGCGUCGGUGGAGCUUUCCAUGCGCAGGAGUAUCUGCCAGUUGCCGAUUUCUACGCGGACAAGUCGAUUUUUGUGACAGGCGGCACUGGGUUUAUGGGAAAGGUGCUCGUCGAGAAGCUACUGCGAAGUUGUCCGAAAAUCAAGAAGAUCUAUCUACUGAUGCGGCCGAAGCGAGGUCAGGAUGUGUCGUCGAGACUUACGGAGCUCACACAGUCGCCGUUGUUCGAAACAUUGAGAAAAGAGAGGCCAUCGGAGUUGUCCAAGAUAGUGCCAAUAGUUGGUGACAUCACAGAGCCGGAACUGGGUAUCAGCCCAGCGGACCAGGCCAUGCUCUGUCAGAAGGUGUCAGUCGUUUUCCACUCGGCGGCGACGGUGAAGUUCGACGAGAAACUGAAGUUGUCCGUCACUAUCAACAUGCUGGGCACACAGCAGCUGGUGCAGCUGUGUCAUCGGAUGCUGGGGCUGGAGGCACUGGUGCACGUUUCGACGGCGUAUUGCAAUUGCGAACGCGAACGAGUCGAGGAGACUGUGUACGCGCCGCCUGCGCAUCCUGAACACGUGGUGACGCUCGUUCAGACGCUGCCCGACGAUUUGGUGGACAGAAUCACACCGGAUUUAGUCGGCGACAGGCCCAACACGUACACAUUCACCAAGGCAUUGGCUGAGGACAUGCUCAUAAAGGAAUGCGGGAAUUUACCAGUCGCCAUUGUACGGCCAUCUAUUGUGCUCUCGUCCCUACGAGAACCAGUCAAGGGGUGGGUGGACAAUUGGAACGGUCCCAACGGCAUCAUCGCGGCUGUCGGCAAGGGGGUGUUCAGGAGUAUGCUGGGCACAGGCGCCAGGGUAGCGGAUUUGGUUCCCGUGGACACUGUCAUCAAUUUGAUGAUUGUGUGCGCGUGGAGGACGCAUUUGAGACGGGGAGAGGGUGUGGUGGUGUAUAACUGUUGCACGGGACAACAGAAUCCGAUCACGUGGCAACGUUUCGUCAAAACAAGCUUCAAAUAUAUGCGGAAACAUCCAUUUAGUGAAGUGGUGUGGUUCCCCGGCGGUGAUAUCACCAACAAUCGGCUGAAACACAAUAUCCUGUCGCUAUUGCAGCACAAGGCACCGGCGAUCGUCAUGGACCUGGUGUCGAGAGCGUCUGGCAACAAGCCCGUAAUGGUCCGUGUUCAAAACAAGUUGGAGAAGGCGGCGGCCUGUUUAGAAUACUUCACGACACGCCAAUGGGCUUUCUCCGACGACAACGUGCAAGCGUUAUGCUCCGCCCUGUCCGUAGAAGACCGUAGAAUCUUCGACUUCAACGUGAGGAACAUCGAUUGGGACGCGUACAUUGAGUCGUACGUGCUCGGGAUCAGAAGGUUUUUGUUCAAGGAGAGUCCAGACACGCUUCCAAAGUCCAGAGCGCUGUUAAGAAGGUUACACAUAGUCCACACUCUUACUCAAGUAACGACGGUGUUCCUGCUGUGGAGAUUUCUAUUCUCCCAGUCUUCAACUCUUCGAUCCAUCUGGCGACGCAUCUUGGAGUUCAUAACUCGCAUUUUCCGCCUUUUAGCUAUAGCCUGAUGCAGCCAUUUCGACCUGAUGACACCCCAUAGGAUCGCUUACUCAUACGCAGCGAAAUUCUUUUGACAUUACUCAUGACGUUCGUUACAAAAUGGCCGAUAUGUCAUAAUUGACACCAAUAAUUUUUGCUGUUAUAGGAAUUUACGGGUCUACCCUAAAAAUGGGUUCAGAUGAUAACAGCUAUAAGACCAUCGUUAGACCACAAUGUAUUGAGGUUGGUAUUAUUAAGUACACAACGGCAAAUAAAUACGUUUAGGUAUAUUUUCUCUUCAAUAUAGGCUUUCGGGGCUGUCAUGUUUGCUUCCUUCAGGCCGUUCGUGGCUCGUCGAACUAGAUUCAAUUUGAAUGAUCCCGAAUUGAAUAGGAUAGAAGAUAUAGAAAACCCUGUUUUUGACAUAAUAGUUGAGAGGUAUGAAAUUUUCCAAUAAAUUUCCAUUGCCAAUGUUCAAAUUGAAUCCAAUGCUCGUACUAACACGUUCAGUCAUUUUCACUUCCGAAAACGCUAGGCAAUUAAGAUAGUUCUGUUACUAAUUGUUAAAAUAAGUAAUGGUAAGUGAUUCCAGAUAUUUUGUACCUGUAACAGCUCGACUGUUAUAUCGAGUACGUGGCCGUAA